AUGCCGAUGCCACCACCGUCGGCACCGACACAGCAAUCACAACAACCGCAAUCUCAGUCACAAUCACCACCAUAUCGUGCCCCUUUCGAUAUCUUCGCUUCAAUCAUCAUCAGUGGGUUACUGAGUUCUCUAAUCUUAGGGAUAGUCUGGAAAGAACCGAGAUUGAGUCGAAGCUGGGGACAGGCUUUCGGUUAUUUGCGUAGAUAUCCCAAAGACAGCUGGCAUGCGAAGUUAUUCGUGGCGGCUCAAGGAGUCUUGGUAACGAUUGAAUCCAUUGUGGUUUGCGUUAUGGUCGUUGAAACUUGCGCAGUGCAUAAUGGAGAUGACACGUACGCAUUGACCAUACAACUCGGUUCCUUGGCAUGGGUCCGUUCAAUCAUCGGUUCAAUAGUCGCAUUUACGACACAGCUAUUCAUGAUCAACAGGUUCAUGAGAUUAUUCAGAAGCUUAUCUUUCCAUAAACGAUCACCAUACAGAACCAAAGUACUAUAUUGGUCAGGUUUGACCAUCCUCACAUCCCUCGCGGUACUCUGUUUCCUUGCAGGCUUGGCAAAUCCUAUCUAUCUUGCUAUAUUGAAGAGAUCGGGUGUCCCUCUCGACUCACCACAGAGUUCGUUCUCAAGAUCCUUCCCUAUCAUUUAUGAUAUCCAAUUCAUCUCUCUCCUAGUCCUCGAUGUGAUCUUAACUGUAUUGUUCUCACUGAAGUUACAGAAAUCACGAACAGGGUUCGCGGCUUCCAACCGAAUCAUCGACGUCCUCUUAAUCACUCUAGUCAGAAAUGGAUUUCUGGUAACGGCACUUCAGCUUACUGCUGUGGUUAUUUCACAAUUCCCUGAGAGAGCCAGUUGGAGUUUGAUAACUAACAAUACGAUUUCGAAAGUAUACGUCUUAACGGUAUUGGCAAUCUUGACGAAACCUAGAGACACCCAUUUGGACAGUCCCUUUAGCAGUAGACCAACCGGCGAUUACGCCUCAGGUCCUUCUAGUGGAAGUGGGAUCGGUGGGACUGGUGGAGGAUCUUGUCAGACUUGCAGAAAACGUUUACACCUUCGAUCACCAACUUUACAUUCGAUUGGAGGACCGAAGCAAGAACCUCUCAACCUCACGGAAUUCUUAUCGGAGGGCAGUAUCGAUAAGAGUGUACAGCUUGAUGAUUGGCAAGAAGGCAAGGAGCGGCAUUCACUCGCCAGAGUUGGAGAAGAUCAGAGUCAGGUUUACUCCGCAGAUCUUGAGUAUGAACCUGCCAUAGGCAACGAAAGAGGUCAAGGAGAUAUAGUAAUUCAAGUGGAUAGACAGAAAGAAACUUUCGUCUCACCAUCUGACAAUUCUCAGCAGGCGACCAGACGUCCCAGACACAAUGUCAUGGGGGGUGAUUUGACGCUGGAAAACAAUCAGACCGUAUAG